AUGCUUGAAGCAGAAAAAACUCGAAUUCUUAAUGAAGUCCAUAUACUGUCAAAAUGUAACUCACAUUUUGUGGUCAAGUAUUACCACUCGUGUAUUGAAUCCAUUGGUAUAUAUAUUCAAAUGGAGUUUUGUCAACAAAGCCUUCGGGAUGUACUCAAUGACAAAGACAAGCUUUUUAAUAGACAACCCGCACAACCCUUUAAUAUCUACGAAUAUUUUCUAUCAUGUGAAAUUUUUCGGGAACUCUUGCAAUGUCUUGAAUACAUUCACACACAGAACCCACCGAUCAUUCACCGGGAUAUAAAACCGGCCAAUAUUUUAAUUAUGCAAAACACUAGUAAUAAUACGUUCAUAAAAUUUGGUGACUUUGGUUUGGCCACUGAAUAUAAUCGGGCUGGUAUGAGUCUUUCACAACCGGGCACUCCUGGUAACAUGGCACCUGAAAGGCGCGCAAAUGGGAAGUAUGAUUUUAAAGCUGAUAUUCACGAACUCGGACUUGUUGCAUUGAAAUUGUUUGAAAUAACCACAAUGUAA